AUGUCGUCGUUAACCAACAUUUGGUACUUCCAGAAGAUUCGAAUACAACUGUACCCGAAUUCAGCACGGAACGUGUGGGGUCAGAUUGGGACCACUUUCGUGUGUUCAUGCCCCCGGCCGUAUUUGGGACAUACUUGCCAGUAUAAUUACACUGCGGCAACGUUCGGGCAAGAGUCCGCCCGACGCCACUCAGUGGUAGUGGUGAACGUGUCGGAGGCAGCUCGACGCGCAGUGCACGCGGCACUCGACAUCUCCAUGUUUGUGCGCACGCGCAAGCCAACGGGGCAGAUAUUCCAUCUCGGAUCCGGCGCUAGCAGGUACAGAGAUAAUGUUUCCUUCAGCAAGAAUAUAUAA